AUGGCUGAUGCCUGGGACUGGGAAGAAAGCAUCCGGGAGCUGGAAGUGAAGCUUCGCAAGGAGUUCCAUGCGAGGAUGGACCGUUUGGAGUCCGAGAUUCGGACUCUCAAAGACAGUGCAGUUCUCAUCCCCAGUCCUCCAAUGGAACCUGGGUGCCAACCAGAUUCGGUGGCCCCUGAAGGGGGUUUGCCGAAGCUGGAAGUGCAGCCACGAAAAGCUUGGGCAGAGGAGGAUGCGACUUUGGAACCCAUCGCGUUCACGGAGUCCACCUGGAACCUGAUCUUGGUCCUGGGCUUCACGGGGGCUGGAUGGCUGGACGCCUUCAUCGGAUGUGCAGUCUCCUGUGCAAGUCCUCUCUUGCAGCUCGCCUUCUGCCUGUCGCUUCUGACCAAAGGCUUCCUAGGGGCACCCCUCCAAGACCAAGUUGAGAUCGCAAAGAAGUGGAGAGCGGACACAGCGCACGACUACCGACACCUAGAUCUUGCAGACACCAGCCUUGUGUCGCGUGUAUGCAAUGGCGAUGAGUCACUCAUCAUGUCAAUGCAGCACGCAGAUUUGAUUUCUGGGGUGGACGCAUACCUGGGCUUGGAAACCUUCAUGUUCAGCCCAGAUGGCUUAUCUCCUGGGGUCGUGCUCUGCAUGCUUUGCAUUCUGUGGUGGUGCCUCUACCUGUGCAGGGAGUUCCGGGCAAUUGUCGCCUCUUUGGAGGGGUUGUGGCAGGUGCCAUUGCAGGUUGCGACCGAUUUCGAGGAUGGUAGCCUACGCUCCUUGUCGAGGGUGCGUUUCUGGCUGUUCUACGCAGCACGGCUGUCGAAGGCGGUGAUCUCCGGCUUACUGCUGGCGGCUGGCAUUCAGUGGCUUACAAACACGACAUCCAUCAAGGACCUGCUGCUGCAUGCCGUGGCGUUGAAGAGCCUGCUAGAGCUGGACACCAUCUUAUAUGCGGCCUUCAUGCCAAAGAAGAUACAGGUGAAGAUUAAGAAGCUCAAGCCUCUGCAAUUUCGCAGCUCUGCAUGGCGAAGCCAGAUUGAGUCCCUUUUCUUCGUGCUGUGCUUCUUGGCGUUGAUGUUGUGGACGUGGUUCCAGCUCAUUGAUCCGCUCAUGGAUACCAUGCAAGUAGUGAAGCGUGAGUACUGCGGCGGAAACCAGGACUUUGUAGUUGCCAUAAAUGAGCAUCAUGGCAUUGCUGUUGCACGACCCACUGCGCCGUAUGUUGCAGAGUCGAUGUCGGGCCACCUGGAAAUUGCAGUGUAUGAGUACGCCUUCGCCUCACAGAAUUCCCAGCAUAUCUUGUUUCACGGCACAACGAGCGAUUUUGAGAAUACGCGCUUGGAGACGAUAGAGACAGCUGCAACCGCGCUAAUCGAAUGUGUGGAUCUGGACAGCUGGUUCCUCCGGGGUGAGGGAGUGCCUGUUGCCAGCCUCUAUGGGCCAUACUGGUGGUCAACUGCAGUUGGCUUGGGUUUGGCUACCAACAGCACGUGCGCAGACAUGGCCGCCCAUUGCGACAGCAGCGAGUCGCAGCUCCUGCGGAUGGUUUGCGGUGUAACUUGCGGCUGCGGCGAGCCACAGGCCAAUGUGAUGUACAAGGUUCAGGCGCAAGGGUGCUUGAAGAAAUGUCGGGACCAGGUGCCGCACCGGAUCGACGCAGGUCCCUGUGAAGAUGUUGCAAACCAUUCGGCAACUUGGCAGUCCUUCUGGGACCUCUACCCCUCGGCCAUCCGGAGCUACUACGGUGCCGCCCAGACGCAGAGCUUCGAGCUCGAAGCUACGGCCACAACCAUGAAGGCAGGGGGCUGCGCCUCGCUGGUUGAGUUGCCCAUGGACAGAGUCUCCGAAAGCCGCUUCUGCGAUGGGGACCCGCGGCUCUUUGCCCCCUUGAGCCAGCUUUGCCCGAGGACUUGUUGCGUAGGAGACGGUCCUUUUUGCCCAUCGAGUUGCAGCCUUUAA